AUGAGAUUGCGUUUUGGAGGAUUAUUAUGCGGACUGCUUGCAGCAGCGCGGAUGACAAAAUGCAUAUACAUGACGCACAAGGAGAUGCUGGCGUGCCUGGACGAGACUGUGGGCUAUGUGGACGGAGCGUCCGUGUAUGUGAGCCCGUGGUGGGCGGGGCACCCGGUGUGCAUAGCGCAGAUUUGCCGGCUGGGGUAUGCGUACAAAAUGCGGGCGUACUCGUGCAAGGUGAACACAAGCUUCAGUCUGGUGCCGGACAGGCACUUAGGCAAGCAUACGUAUACGAGAGAGCCGGAGAAGGACGGGCUGCAUUCGGGAAUGGAUGCUCGUAAGGAUGAAUACAGCGUGAAGUUCCACAGGACACUGCUGCAUAUGUUUGGGCUGCGGAAAUCUAGCGGGCCGGAGUACGACUGCGUGACAGUUGAGUGCGCGCGACCAGGCUCUUUUAUUCAGCUCCUCCGGGAGGGCUGCGAGACGCAAACAGAGGCGCACUAUGUGCUGGCAGCGCUGCUGCUCCUGAGCGAGGGCGUCGACGUGCCGAUUGAGACCGCUGGGAACAGAGUAAUUCUAAAAGAAAGAAAAGACAGCGAGGCCGUGCUGGUUGAUGCCCGCAUGGGAGGGGCAGCUUUAUAUAGCGGGGAAGAGCAGCCAUCCGAGGCGUGGCAGGUGGUAGACUUCUUCAAGCAGUACAGAGGCACACACAAAAUGCCGAGCACAUACGAAGAGUUUAAAACGGGAGACUUUCUGGAGAGCCCGCAGCUCCUUAUUCUCACGUAUGUAGGCGAGUACGUGAAAAACGCCAAGGAGCUUAUGUCUGUGAUGAAGUGCGCACUCGUAAUUUUAGACGACAUGGGGCUGGCUGGGAGAAUGGAGGACCCGGGCAACGUGGCAGGCCGGCUGUUUGUGUGUACAGAGCAUCUUCUGAACGUAGAGGCGCAUUUUGCGCCGUUUCUAAAGACGUUUCCUGCUUUAGCGGCCUUGGAGCAUUUGGAAGAGUUUAAGCACUUUCAAAACGAAGCAGAGGCACCGAAUAAAGCAAAAGAUGCCUCAGACGGGGAGGAGGAAUACUUUGACGCCCGCGGCACGAACUGCAGGUUUAUUGGAGAGUGCUUUCUCUUGCCGUUUCUUGCGUUUGACCCCGAAAAAUAUGCGUACAGCCUGGAGGGCCUUCUGUGCGGGGAUGAGAAUGUGGAGGAGGUGGAGAAAACCAGGGCGCUUUUUGGUGAGCUGCAGGCGUGCAUUGAAAAAAAGUGCUCCUCUUUGGAGUGUCCCAAUGACGCACAACGGCAGAGGUACAGGGACCUGUGGCUCAAGAUGAACACGCAGUUUAGGGAGGCGCUGGGGAAUGCCGCGCCGACGUUCCUAAACAAGAUGCGCGUGCUUGCGCAGAUAACCGGGCAGCCGCAGGUUGUGGUGGACGAGCUGACAGCGCACCAGGCGGCCAUGGACGCCAAAGGAAGCACAGAGUUGACCUCUGAGGCGAUCGAGAGCGUUCAGGCGCUGCUGUGCUCAAUAUCAGUAGACAAAGAUGUGGAGGUGACCAUUGAGAAGCAAAUGGAUGGCUCAGAGCCCAAACGCUAUCUUUUUAUAGUAAAGCAUGUGAAAUUAGGACCGCGUAUCGAGCAAAUUCUGGAUAUGUCGUCCGAUAAAAAAUGCUCCUCGAAGAUAUCUAUUUGGCCGGCAUGGCUUGGCCCUUAUUAUAACAAAAUGCAGAAGGAGCUGGAUGUGGCGGCCGCAAAAUACAGGCUGUAUGGGCGGUUUUCGAGCUUUGUGCUUGCGGAGGGCAUGCACCAGAUGGCGAUAGGGGCACCCGGGCGGAGCCUUCCAGACGCAACAACCGAAAAGCUGCAGGAGGCCGCGAGAAAGGCUGUUAAGCGCCGCGGGCGCAGGCCGAAUGGGGUGCUUUUGGCGCUGCCGGUUGUGGGCGAGGACAUCAGGGAGGAGCUUGUCUCUGCGCUUAUGCUGUAUGCCGAGCAGAAGAAGAUUGCGCUGACUCCAGAACACCCAAUAAGCCGGCUGAUUGCAAACGUGAUAGGGAGCAUCGACCUUGGCGACAUGGCAGCGCAGUAUAGGGUCUUGGAGGUGCCUGUGGCCACCGGGGCUCUGCAUAAAUUGUGUCCGACGGUGCAGCUGUCUGACCGACUGCAUCGGGAGAUUUGGUGUUCGCAGAAAAUUGCCGACUAUGACGUGUAUCCUGCAAAAGAGGCGCGCGGGCUUACACGCCGAAGAAUAAUGCAGUGUUUCCGGGGAUACGCUGAGUUGUAA